AUGAAAACUGAACAUGCACCACAACAUUCAUUUAACAAAGGCAAUUAUUCAGUGGAUGAAAGUAUGCUGAUACAUUAUAUUACAACAUGUAAUGGUUGUAAAGCAGAAAAAUUUAAAGGUAUUAGAUAUCAUUGUGAUGAAUGCCGUGAAGGUUAUGAUUUAUGUGAAUCAUGUUAUCAAAAUGCAAGUCAAUUACAUCCUAAUCAUGCAUUCAAAAUUGCUCCAGCUCCAUUAUUAAAAUUUAAAAAUUAUAUAUUAUUGGCUAAACGUGCAAUAGAAGUAUGUAAAAGAUUUCCAGAUCUACAAUAUGAUCCUCUAACUGGUUAUUCAUUGAAAGAUGCAGAACAAGUAAAAGAAAAGGAAGAAAAAAAUCUCACUUUUUAUCGGCAACAAAUUGAACAAUUGGCAAUAGCUGUUGCAAAAGGACGACAACAAUUGCUUGAUGCGAGGAGAGCGAGGACACAGGAUAUCCUGAGCAGGCUCAAUCCACAGUAUCAUGUCAUGCAAAUGAGACCUUUUUAG